UGAAGGACGGCGGAGGCGGAGCUCCGACAUGUUCCUCGAGGGCCGGGCGGGGAAGGCGCCGCGCAGGGAGCUGCGGCGGUCCUCCCGCGUCGGCCGGCGGCCGGCGGUCGUCGCUCCGCCUCCGGGCCCGGGCCCCGCCUCCCGGCCUCACUUCCGCCGGGAGGGCGUUCCUCGGCGUCGCUGCCGUAAGGCGGGCCGGCGGUGUGCCGCGUCACGGAAGAUGGCGGCCAUGGCGGCGACGGUGAACGGGACGGGCGGCGGCGCGGGGCCCGCGGCCACCCCGGGCGGCGUCCUGCAGGCGGCGGCCGGCAUGUACGAGCAGCUCAAGGACGAGUGGAACCGGAAGAGCCCGAAUCUGAGUAAAUGCGGGGAGGAGCUGGGCCGCCUGAAGCUGGUUCUGCUGGAACUCAAUUUCCUGCCAACCACAGGGAGCAAACUGACCAAACAGCAGCUCAUUCUGGCCCGUGACAUUCUGGAGAUCGGGGCCCAGUGGAGCAUCCUCUGCAAGGACAUCCCCUCCUUCGAGCGCUACAUGGCCCAGCUCAAGUGCUACUACUUUGAUUACAAGGAGCAGCUUCCUGAGUCCGCCUACAUGCACCAGCUCCUGGGCCUCAACCUCCUCUUCCUGCUGUCUCAGAACCGAGUGGCCGAGUUCCACACAGAAUUAGAACGCUUGCCUGCCAAGGACAUCCAGACCAACGUCUACAUUAAGCACCCUGUGUCCCUCGAGCAGUACCUGAUGGAGGGUAGCUACAACAAGGUGUUCCUGGCCAAGGGGAACAUCCCCGCCGAAAGCUAUACUUUCUUCAUUGACAUCCUGUUGGAUACCAUCAGGGAUGAAAUCGCAGGGUGCAUCGAGAAGGCCUAUGAGAAAAUCCUUUUUGCUGAGGCCACCCGGAUCCUGUUCUUCAACACACCCAAGAAGAUGACAGACUACGCCAAGAAGCGAGGCUGGGUCCUAGGCCCUAGCAACUACUACAGCUUUGCCAGCCAGCAGCAGAAGCCAGAGGACACCACCAUCCCUUCCACCGAGCUGGCCAAACAGGUCAUCGAGUAUGCCCGGCAGCUGGAGAUGAUUGUCUGAGCCUUGGCCAGGGCGGGACAUGGCCAGUCCAACACCCCAGUGUGGGCUGGCCUUCAAUAAAGGCGAUUAACCUCUAUGGGCCCAGUCUCCCCAGUGGGACGGGGGGAGAACUUGAGGGUUUGGCGCCCAUUGGGCUUCCUGGGGCUGUGUGGCCCAGUGGCCAGUGGCCGUUGGAGAGCACUGGCCCACAGCCAGCUGCUGGUGCUUUGUGGUGUUGGGCCGGGGACUAGUUUCCUUUUAGUGAAGCACCUAUGUGUCUCCAUUCUGAGGUGUUGGCCGUGGAUUAAAUAUUUUUUAAAAGUGA